GAGCCUAGAUCGUACCACUGCACUCUAGUGUGGGAGACAGGGUGAGACUUUGACUCAAAAACAAACAAACAACAGAGACCUUAAUCCCAGCCACAGCCAUUCAGAGAGUCAGGGAUGAGGACAUGUCUGGGCCAGUCAGUUUUCUCUGAGACUUGGUAUUUGCUCUCUGGGGGAGAGAGGAUCUCUUUGUUUUGGAUUAUGAACCAACCAAAGUAGACUUGGGGCUUCCAUACUUUUGUUCUGAUGGGAGAAUGAAGGCGCUGUGGUGGACAGCAGCGUCCAGAGAGAGAUGACAUACCUGCCCAUAUUCCUGCACUUUCUGGAUCCAGCCAUGCUUGACUUGGACAAUUCAGUAAGUAUUCUUCCUUGCUUAUGAAGAUUCCAGUUGGGUUUCUGUCUCUUGCAGUUGGAUAAUGAGGCUCAGAGUGGCAGGGAGUGAAGGGUCCUUUUCAAGGGAUGCCCUCCUACUCCACCACACAGUUCAGGUGGUGCCAGCCUUGUGGUGGGCUGUGGACCAGGCAGCCACUGGCGGUGGAAGAGAGACAGGCAGCCCCAGGCCCCCAGGAGUCAUGCUGGUGGGGAUGGUCAGUGAUGGCAUGGCUGAGGUGGGGACGGCAGGGCCUGAGGACCUGCAACCUUGGAUUUCUUGGAGACAUGUUGGGCUGGCACAACUGGGCUGCCACCCUGGGGUAAAGAUCUGCCCAGCCCCCAAGUCCAGAGAUGUCCGGCCUGAUCUAGGCAGCCAUUCCUGGGCUCCAGAGAGUUCCUCUGGCCCCGAGGAGGUGCAGUGUGGGGUCAAGCAAAGCAGAGACCAGGACAGAAGAUUCACUUCCUCAGACGAUGAAACUUACUGUCUCUCCACUGCUAAUACCCAGAGCCUGUUUGAACCUGCAGGUGGGUAUUAGCGGAUAGGAUACCGCUAGUAUCAACGGAUAGGAACAGUUGAGUGGGAGUGUCGGUGGCACUGGAGUGUGCGAUGCCAAGUGUGUACAUGCACAAGCUCUAAGUGAGAAGGGCACUAGUGUGUGUGCACCAAAGCUGUCUGAGCAAAUGUCCACAAAACCACAGGAGGUAGAGCUGAGGGGAUGCUACAUGUGAGUGUGUGCCAGGGGUGUCUCUAGGAACUUGAUGGGAGGGGCCCCAGUGUGUGUAUGUGCAUGGGGCUUGGCCGGUGUGACAGAGGAUGCUCCCCAUGGUGGCUGUGAACAGCCUUACUUUGUAUCAACCCCCUUUCCGCCCUCUUCUGGGCGAUGCCUGUUUCUUGUGUGUGGCAGCAGCUGCUGGAGCGCUGUGCAGAGACCUGGGACCUCACCAUGCCCAUACAUGGGGACCCAAUGAUGGCUCUUGUGGACUAUCACGAUGGUGUCAUCGCCAGCACAGUGACCUCCCUGCCUGAAGACUUUUUCUGGCCAGAGGAGCUCGUUUCGCCUCCACAAAGGGCAGGAAUGAACAUUCUCCAAAGGGCAGCCUCCAAAAAUGUCUGCUGAGUAUCAGGAAAACAACCCAUCUCUGCCACCCGAGGGCGGGCGUCACUUCAAGGUGCGUUCUACUCUGUCUCUCAGAGUCACCAGUGGGACUGCACUCAGUGGCCUGCAGUGGUGACCUGCUUGGUGACCCCCUCACUGGCUUCCUUGCCUUCCUUGUUUACUGCCUUCCAUCUGGUACUCCUGGGAUCACCUCCCUAACCAAACUCGCACCCACAUCCUCAUCCCAGGGUCUGGCCCUCAUGCUCCUGUCUCCACCGUCCCGUGAUGCAGCUUCACCUUCCAUCUCCUUGGGCCUCUGAUGAGCCCAGGUACCCGGGGUGUUCUCCUUGGCCCCAGCACAGACAGGAGGUAUCUCCUUAGGAAUGUGCAAAGGACCUCGACUAUGGUGCCAUAUGUGACACACCACAGCAUAGGGCAUGUCAUGGAUGGAGGAGCAGGAAAAGUCAAGAGCGUGACAGUCCCAAAGGCCUGUGGGAUCCUGAGCCUUUGUGGUAGGAGCUGGAUGUCGGUGUGGGGUGGUUCAGGUUGGCGGCAGCACAUGGCUGGACGCCAUCACUGGAAGUUUCUGCAUUCUUUCCCGGGAAGUGGAGCCCCAGAGCACAGAGGUGGCACGGGAGCCAUGCCUAGUGGUGUUCAGAACAGAGGAGCGAUUACUUUGCAUACAGAGAAGGGGAUAUAAGUGUCUGGCUGUGUCCAGAGAGAGAUGCUGGCGGGGCGGGGGUGAGCGGCCACCUAGGACAGCACCAGCUCCGGGAUCUGGCUUUGACCUAUUCGUGUGCAGGCCACAGUGGUCGGCCGGGCAGGGACUGAGCGAGGGGCCACUUCUCUGCCUCAGAGAGGUGCCCAGGCAGCACUGCGGUGAAGCCACCUGGAGAAGGACAAUGGCCUCAUCUUCCUUGAAGACCCUCAGUCCUGGGCAGUGGCUGGACUGACGAGGGAACCGCUACUGCACACCCAUGAAGGGCCCUGCCCAUCUACCUGGGGCCUGCAGCUUCGGAGAUGGCUCUACUAGCACCACCUGACUGAGGGUACUGGGGUUGGGAGGGGGCCUGGUGGGCUGUGAGGCCCUCCAGGUUACACCUGAGCCCCCAGAACUGGGUCCCCCACUUUAUAAAUGGCAGGGUGGUGAUGUUAAUGGGUUAAACCUUAUGGAACAUCUCAAGGGUGGAAGCAAAGCCCAGGAUUAAAAUGACAGGUUUUGUCUGCAA